GCAACCUUCAACAUAUUUUUGUUUUGUUAUUUUUGAGUUCUACUUUUCUCUGAUUUAAAAAAUAUGUCGAUUUAUAUACUUUGUUUAACAACAAAUGGAGGCCUACCCGUAUUUACCCGUAAAAAAGGAGAUUGCGAUAAUCUCCCUUUUUCGACAGUGGCUUCAUUAAAUGGUUUUCAUAUGUUUUUUAAAUCUUUAGGCAUAACAUUACAAGUAACAUAUUCCGAAGAUUGGACAUAUGUUUGGAGAGAUUUUCACAAUGCUGUAACGUUGAUCGCUUGUGCACGGUCCAUGACCGAGGGAGUCUUGCAGACACUAGCCGAAAUCGUUUUUGGUGCAAUAUCACUUUUUGUAAAUAUUAAUGAGCUCAUUGACCUGACUUUGCUAGACCGCAUGAAAAAAGAAGCUAGGAAUUAUAUGCCUGUAGUGGAUGCCGCACUCGAGGCUUGCACAACACGUAUACUGGGUUUUACAAACUGCAUUUUAUCAACUGAAAAUCAGCAAUUGGGUCAACGUUUAAACGAUUUUAGUGGCCUGUGUGGUUCACUUUUUUGUUGCCUUGUAGUCGGUAAUAGUGUUACGGUGGGUACAGAAGGUUGGUGGGAUUUGGAUCCAAUAGAUCGUGAAUUACUGCUGCUUUUACUGAAUUCGUCAAGUUCUUUACAAAAUGACAUUCCUGUGUAUUUGCCGAAAAAGGAUGCCACAUUAGCGUAUAGAUUUGUAACAAUUCCAUUAGCUCCAAGUAGUGUCAUUUGUGUUAUAUGCGGAGCUGCGCCUAGUUUUCGUGAAUUGCGUGCUAUGGCUCAAGACAUAUUUUGUUCAGAAAGUUUAUUACAGAACGUCGAAAGAUGUAUAACACGCAGUCUACCGGAACAAUUGGAGAUCGAUCAAUGUGUUCUAGCAAUAAUUGUAGCUAAUUUGAACGUUAAAAAAUGCAUACUUGCAGCCAAUGCCAAUCAAGCUACAGGUGGAAAAAGAACAAUAGGCGGAGGCAUUUUGCGAUUAGAUAUAUUGAAAAAAAUUUUUGAUCAAACCGUGCAAAAUAAUAAAAGUAUUAAUGGUAUAUACAAAGAAGAUCAAAUACGUACACGUUGUAUAGAACCACUCGACCAAUAUUGGUGCUUGGAUUACCAUAAGUGCUAUGCGCAUUAUGAUAAUGCUGGAAAUACCAUAUUCAUACUAUUUAUGUCUUCAAUACCAACGCCGGCAAUGAGAUUCAUAGCCCAGAAACUACUCUACUCAAUUCUUCAAGACAAGUCAAUCAGCUGGUAAAUUAUUAUUUGAAAUAAUAUAUUUUAUGGAACAUAUAACAUUGGUUUUCGUAUAACGUAUAUCAAUUUAUACAUUUAAUAUUUAAGUAUAAUUUAUUGUCUGAGAAUAUAUUAGCUAUAAAAUUACCGUUUUCUUUAUUUGUUUUCACAGUUUGUAUAAUAUUUUGGAAAUUGUUAUUGUCGAUAUUCUAUAUGUGUAUAAUCAUGUUUACACAUACCAUUUUAAAGUGUUAAUAAAUACACAAUCAUUUUGAAAUAAUUUUUUUUUAGUGCAUAAUGAGCAAAAGUAAUACAAAUAUAUUAUAAACACGGCUAGUUUAUACAUAUACCGUACAAUUUUUAGUAAUUUACCAAUAUUUAUAAUUCCAUUAAGUUGAAAAUUUGAGUAAACUUUAGGAUUUUCCUAAUUGAUUUAAAAAAUAAAAAGAAGCAUUUAUUUUCUAUUGUUUAACAA